GUAGGUAAUUUGAAUCCAUUUUAUUGUACAUAUUUCGGCUGGUGAUAGUAAUUAUGUUUCCAUCAAGGGUCAGAUUUCAGAGACUAUAUAUAUCACGAUUAUAGAAAGAGUAUCUCGCAUUCUCACAUUAUGGAAGGAACUUCUCGAGCUCUUUCUCACACUAUCAGAUUCGUUGGAUUACUUGGUAGUCAUGCUCUUGGUAACGAUCCAAGGUUCAUGGCUAUAGCGGUAGAUUUAGGACGAGAAUUGGUAAGGCGAAAAAUUAAACUUGCUUAUGGAGGAGGUAGUGUUGGCCUUCAAGGAGCUGUUGCUUCAACAGUCUUUACCAAUUGUGGUCUUGUUAGAGGUUUUAUUCCUGGGUACAUAGCAACACGACGUGUCUAUGGACCUACGUACGGUGUAGAGCAUACAGUUUCCAGCAACUAUUACAAAUAUUUUGAGAUGAAUCAUGUCGUGGAAGCUUUCAUCAUUCUUCCCAGAGGAGUUGACACUAUGGAAGGUUUGUUCACCUUGAUCUCGUGGGCUUCUGAAGGGUUACACAAUAGACCCAUUGGUCUCCUGAACAUUGACGGUUAUUUUAAUAACCUAAUCAAAUUUCUAGACGAUGCUGUGAGACAGAAUUUCAUGGCUUUGAAUCAGAGAAAACUUUUCAUUUCUUCUUUCUUUGUUGGUGAGCUUUUAGACAAGCUAGAGUUCGCUAAAGCUUUUCUGGCUUUUAGGGCUAAUUAUGACGAGAAGCAUGGCCACUGGAAGUCAGCAUGCCCGUACCCAAAAGUGGAGAAGUACGGAGAAAGAGAAAGGAACGAGAAGAAGAAGAAGGCAAUGGUAGCAGUUGAGAGUGAUCCAGCUCAAGCUCGGAUGAAGAAGCCCUCGUCUGCAUGGAGCGCAGAGCUGAGAAGUCCAACCAUGAAGAUCGGUGGACUAUAUUUUGAGGAAAUAAAUCUUAAACAUUCAUCCUUAACAGAGGAGAACAAGCUAUUGAGUGAAGAGAAUCUCAAGUUGACUGAAGGUUGGAAAAGUCAACUAAGUGAGAUCACUCAACUCAAGGCUGAGAAUGAGUCUCUUUCUGAAAAGGUGAAAUCCCUCAACAAGGAGCUAGGGAUACUGAAGUCCAAAGAAGCAGUGGAUAAGCUUCUUGAAACGACCAAACAUAUGGGUCGUGAAGGACUUGGGUUUGACCCCUCCAGUUCCAAAAGGAAAGGGAGAACAACUUUUAUUCCUCCCAAACCUACUACCAUACCCAAUAAGCAGAAAGGUAAGGAGAAGGAGAAACCUAGAGAAGUUCCCAAAAAGUGUGGCUGCUCAAGACACAUGACGGGUGAUGCGAGCCUUUUGAGCAAUCUAAUUCCCUAUGAUGGUCCAAGAGUUACUUUUGGAGGAAGCAAUGAUUUUGGCCUUACAAACAGGCUAGGAAAUCUGGUGUACAAGGGACUAACCAUCCAGACUGUAUCUUAUGUGGAAGGUCUCAACUAUAACCUUCUUAGUAUAAGUCAGUUCUGUGAUAAGGGUUAUUCUCUGGAAUUCUGCAAGGACAUGGCAUCCCUCAAGAACAUCUCCACAAAUGAAGUCAUUCUCACAGGGAAGAGAAUCAGAAACAUCUACGAAGUAAUGUGGGACGAUGUCAAGGAAGCAUGCCUAAUCAGCAAAGAGUCAAUACAUGUUAUCUUUGAUGAAAAACACGUGGUUGACAAGCCAUCAAAGCCUGAUCAUGAGGUUCUAGAUCUCUCAGACAAAGAUGAAGAAGUCAAUGAAGAAGAUAGAAUGAAGCCUACAGAGUUCAUUCCAUUCGGAAGUCUACCACAGAAGACUUCACAAAGAAAUCCGGAUAGUGCUGAGCCUAUCGGAAAUCAUGGCCAGCCUUCCAACAUCCCAGAUCACUCACAUGGCGACAAUUCCGGAAGUGGCGAUCAAAUGCCAAUCCAUCCGGAAACACCAAAAAACUCUGUUCUUCAACCAGAAGCUGAACUAGAUCAGCCAGUCAAUCCUAAUCAACACAAUCUUCGUUGGUUAAGGGAUCACCCUCCUCAAAAAGUUAUUGGAGAUAUUCAAUCAGGCAUUCGCACAAGGAGUGCUCAACAGAAUCUUGAAGCCAUGCUUGCUUGCAAGAAGUAUGAUGCCAGAUAUUGGCUCUACUAUCUGUCUUCUAAAGAAGAAAACAGAGCUUGUUCAACUGCAGAAGAUGAAGGCUCUUCAGACAAUGUCCUAAUUGUAAGUCUGAAGAAGUCCUUAAAAAGGAAGCAAGUGGUGUCUCCCUCCCCCAGUGCUGAGGCACCACACAACCUUGCAGUGGAUAACUUGGUGGAGAAGGAACAAAUUGAGGAAGUCUUUACACUCAAGCAGAGUCCUCAACAACUUGAUGAAGAAAUUCCUCAAAACCAGAGUUUUCCAUCCCCUUCAUCACAAGCUCAAACUGAUGAUGAAGUGAGCAAAUUCAUGCAGCUCUACUAUGAUUGGAGAGCUUGGAAGGAGAAUGCAGCUACUCCCCAGCAAGAACAGAACCAGGAAACAUCAGAAGAAGAACUUCAGCAACUCCUCCAAUCUCAAGUUCAAGAGAUCCUCACAACCUCUUGUGAGAUCUCCAAACCAACUGAACCUAAAGUUCCGGAGAAGUCAACAGAGAAUCUGGAAAAGUCACCUCUUCCAGAAACUACAGAGGAAGAAGCUCUUGAAGAACAAGUAGUUGAAGUCCUGAGAAGCUUUAAAGAAGCUGAAGAAGGAGCUCAAAUAGCUAGGAUGGAGGCCUUUGAACCUCCAGUAGCUAUCUUUGAGCAGCAAGCUGCAGAUGAAGUCAGAGAUUCCCUCUCUAGGGAAAUCUCAAAUUAUGCAAAUGAAGAAACAGAGGAAGAGUCAGUGAAGACCCUGAAGAUUGAUGAAGAAGACUCUGAAAGCCACUGCAAUCAAGCAGCAGAUUGCCAUAGUCAAAGUCAACCUUCAGAAGCAGAUGUCACUCCUUCAGAUGGAUAUCAGGUCAGCCUUGGCAGUGUCAUCAGCAAACCAGGUGCUAACUCAAGAAGGCACUUUGGCACCUACACUGGGAAACACAAGCUGGAAGUGAUUGUCCAACCCAGAAGUCCAUCUCAAAUUACAAAGUUUCCAAUUGAUGUUAAACAAGGAGAACUCUCAUACAUUCCUUCACAUCUGAACAUGACGGAGCUGAUACUUGAAGCCCAGCAGAGCAAUCCGGAGAACUCAAUCCAGCAUCUGUCAAACACUGAGUUUGAUGGAACAGAAGCUGUAGGAACCAUUGCCUCCCACUUCACAAAUGAUGCCCAGACAGAAGAGAGAUAUAACAAUCUCGAGCGCAUCCAGGAAGAGUGUGGAGUUAUGCAAGGCAUUGGUGAGGUUGCCGGAUCAUCCAAGAGCAAGAAGAAGUGAAGGCUCUUUUCAUCAAAAUAGGGGGAAGUAUUGAAAACAUUAUUUAUGUUUUGAUGAAAAUACCUUCUUGAACAUGAGUUUUAGGUUUAAACAUUGAUUAAUACAUCUCUUAAUUAUGCUUGAACAUAUUUCUUUUAAGUAUGAUUUUUGAGAUCUAUUAUUGAGCGCAUACAUUCAGGGGGAAUGUAAUUCAGGGGGAACUUAACUGUUUUUGGCUAAUAAUUGUUUUUGGUAAUGAACUACUGAUGAACUC